AUGGAAAAAAUUGCAAACAUGUCGGCCAUUGGGGAAUUCACCAGCUUCAAUAAGACCAAGCUGAAGAAAACUGAAGUGCAUGAGAAGUACACCCUGCCAACCAAAGAGACCAUUGAACAGGAAGAGAGGAGUGAAAUUACCUAG